AUGCCACAUCCAAAACAGACGCAAAAGUAUCUUCGUCAGCAAAAGCCGUACGAGACAAAGGAUCCGGUGAAUCUGUCUUCCUUUGGAAAGAUGGUUCAUGCUCCCCUGGGCUAUAUCGUGCUUGGGCAAGGCGGAGACAAAGCUGCAGACUGCAACAAUGGGUUCUUCGUCCGUCAUGAUGACGAAUGGGACUGGCUGCGGAGCUUUUGA